GUGUCUUCAAGCUCGUAACCGUGACAUCUGUGCUGCAUUCUCUCUCCCAUAUGUCGCUUCACGUUCUCUCUCAGAUGGUGGACAUCAGUGGAGACCUCACCGUCAACAAAGAGGAUCUUAUCAAUGUCUCGAAGUCGUCGAUAGGCCGACUGUUACAAAAGUUCCAUGUCACGCCUGCAAAGAUCCCCCAGGACUUCGAGCUUGAGUCCAAAGCCAGAACUGUGACCGACGAAUGGACCUUCGGCAUUCGCCCUCAAAUCAGGACCGGUGUCAACUUUGCCACGGUAGCCUUUGCGCACAUCACAGACAUCGAAACAAAGGUCGCCGUUGCACUAUACUGUGCACUGAUCGCUGGCAUGGACGAUCCUGCCAGGCUCAGUGCUAAUGCGGUGAUCUCUAGCGAACCCUUCCGCAAGCUGUGCAGCGGUUCCGCUCGUUACGAUCCGGGAAUACCGGGAGCGUUGUUCAAGUUGCUCGUCAAGACUCAUGAACUAUUCCCUCCUUUUGCUGCCAACACCAUUUACAUUUCAGUGUUGCAGUUCCUCAAUGGCGCAAUGCUGGAGAACGAAUAUGACAGUGGAGGCUUUGAUCUUACCAAAUCGGCGCUGCGGUUUGUCGAGUACCAGCGAUAUCUUACUGGGAUUUCCGAUGGAUUUGCAUGUUUUAUUUGGGAAGGGGCGAAGUUUCCAGAUGAGCGAGUUUACGCAAGCGCCAUACCUGAUGCCGGUAUCUUCAUGAACUACGUGAACGACGUAUUUUCGUUCUAUAAAGAAGAAUUAGCGGGGGAGACGACGACAUACAUCCACAAUCGCGCUCUCGUGAGUGGAAAGGCACUCCCCGAGACGCUCCACGACGUCAUCGACGAUGCCUUCGCUGCAGCGGAACGCGUUCGUAAUGUUCUCAGCGGCGAAGCACGGGAGGUGUGGGACAGCUUUGAGAAGGGGUUCAUUGUGUUCCAUAUCGGUGACCGACGAUACCGCCUGCAAGAGGUGCUUGGGACGGAAUAUUUCCUCGACCGUGCAGAGUGGUAGACCGAGC